AUGUCGUCCGACGAUGAGGAUUACGUGAUCAUUCAAUCUCCCUCGAGUGACAUCAUGUCCCUUCCGUCUCUGUCGAGCGUACCUUCGCGCACACCUACACCGACCCCAGUGCAGACGGUUUCACGCACAAUACACGAUCUCGAAGACAAUGUCAUGGCCACGAUCUUCAGAGCUCUAUCAUCCGUUUGCAAGCCAUUCGUCGCAUACGGAGGUUACUAUGAUUUCGGCUUCAUCCUGGCGAGUCACGUUUGCGUGCGCUGGAGGGUCAUCAUACUCGCCUGCCCGGACCUAUGGACUGGGCACGUCUUCGCCUUUCCAAAUCAUCACGCCGUGCUCGCUAUUCUGGAGCGAACGCGAAAUCUACCCCUAGACGUCAAAUUCACAUUUGAUUCUGCCUCACAACCAAUGACUACCUGGCGCUCAUCGCUCUGUCUCAACCUCCUUCCCCGCACUCGCACCCUCGAGUUUUCUAUCAUGCAUGGCGCAGUCUCCCGCACAGACUUCCACGGGCUUUUGACCGCAAUCGUCGCGCAGGGCGCUCCCACUUUGGAGAGCUUGACCAUAGAUCAGUUCGACCUUCGUGCCCCAGACCGAUCAUUAUACGUCGAGCUCUUCGCGCCAAACUUGUGCUCAUUGCGCCUCGAUGGCAUAUUCUUCCCGUGUCUAAGCAGGACCUUGACUACCGUGCAAGUCAAGCUCGCAAGAUCGCUGAGGAACGCCAACGACGUCCUGGGUGUCCUUCGUAGUGCAGCUGAUACGCUGGAGAACGUCCUCAUCGAUGUCGUCCCUGAUUAUUAUCCAUACUCCGUCGCCCAAUCGCAUGCCUUUGAAGCGUUUAGGGAGGAUGUCCACUUGCCUAAUGCCAAGGUCAUUGCAUUUCGCGGCCGCGAUGCAGGGUUGUUGGAUUCGCUUCGCACUCCCCCAGAGACCUUCUUCUCUCUGUCAUUGACGUCGGCUCUGGGCCAUGUCGCUGAGGCGAUGGAUGACAUCUUUCUCUCCCGUGUGAAGGAUCUCUUGUCCUGGCAAUGUCCAUGCACAAUAUCGUUGAACACAGUACACGAGCCCGCGCGCAUGUCCAUACUCUCGCUGCCACCGGGCGGAGAUGUGUGGCACGAACAAGCUCUGACACUUGUCGAGCGUUCGGUGGAGUUUGUCCAUGGUCUUCACGAUCAUAUGUCACAUCGAUCGACGCUCCCUACCCAGGCAGCCUAUCCCGGCUUGUCCAUCGAAUGGCCUGAUCACAGUAUCGUGGGGCGCGGAGAGGGACAGCAGCUCGGUACGCUGCUGAAUCCCAUCCGGUUUGCUAUCGAGAGCAGCGAGGGCAAUCUCUUCCGGAGUGUCAGGUGCCUGGACAUCUCUGUGCCGGACGACCUUCUAAGCACCGAAUGGAAACAGUUACUGCAGGGGUUCACAGCUGUCGAUACCCUCCGCAUGCAUAUAGCCUCGACAAUUCUACUUGCGACGCUCGCGACUCAUACGAGCACCCUUCUACCAAAUCUCACCACGCUUGUCGUAGUGCUCGACGGGAUGGACGACUCGAAGGAUCAUAUCGAAUACCACCAGCCUAAACUCUCCGCGCAACGUCUGACUGGCCUUGUGAUUGCGUAUCUGGAAGCCGGCAGGGAGAACAUCAUUGAGUUUGUUCGGCUCGAAGGGAAGCCGGAAUCAAGAUUGUUUGCGGAGACGAUGAGAGAAAGGCUCGGCGCGUAUGUGCCUCGCGUGGAAGUCAUGUUGGAUUAG